AUGGCCGGCUUUUUUCUUCGCAACCGGACUCUCUUCGUCGUCAGCUUCUUCGCUGCGGCCGCCACCACCGCCGUCUUCAAGUACAAGUCGGACGCCUACCGCUCCAACGAGAUUGCCCAGCAGCAAAGCAAAGCGCCCAACGGCUACGUGAGCGUCGACCGCAGCGGCGGCGGCAUCUAG